GGCGGCUGCGCAAGCGACUCGCAAUUUCUUCCCAAGACCUGCGGUUUGCCAGUGCUAUCUGGUUCCAAGCUCGAUGAUCAUGUUGCUGUCUGGACGUAGCAGUGCGGUGGAUCAGCCCAAGAGAUGGUCGCACCUGAUGCGAUCCGCACUCUUCAAGUCAGGCACGCGAGCGGUGUGCCGAGAACGGGGCUGAAACAAGCUACGUCUUGGGUCGCAAAGAGAAUUCCACUGAGAUCGAGUGGGCUGUAUUUGUCCGCGGAUGUGGAUCGUCGUAGAGAGCCGGGAACAUGUAGCCGCUCGGAAAGUAUGAGAAAGGACACGACACCGACUCUCAACGUUUACCGUGUUAUGAUCCGUGAGUGUGAUUGCGAGGUGAGGGCUGGAUAGUAAGAAACGUGUCGCAUAAUCGGGGCAGCGGGAGUCGUGAGUGUUCACGAAGAUGUGCAGCAGCGAUGCGAGCG